CUGAGGCAGGUGGGUGUAAGUGAAGGUAUACUGCAGACGUGCUACCAGUUCUCAUUGACUGCUCGACUGGCUCCCAAGUGGAACGUCGUAUCUGGCUGGCUAGUUCAAGGGAUGGAGUUUCUGUCAACUGGUAGAUCUCACGCAGUCGUGUUGGAGGUUGGAGUCACACGGACAGAGAUUACACUCUCAGUCAGAGUCUCACGAAUCAACUUCAACUUUCUCCAGGUGAGUGACAUGGAGGUGAGUGUGAGUACCCUGGGAGCUUUUCUGAGUGACCCUCGUGGUGUCAUACGAGAGACCAGCAUCUACCAGAACCGCUGUGUUCUCCUGCCAAAUCUGACAGUGGGAUAUGUGUUCUCUGCGAACCACCAGCUCCCAAGUUCCCCAGAGUUCCCCACCUACGACAGCAUACGACUCCACUGGAAGAAACAGCACGGCAUGAUCCUACCGGAGAAACAAGGCCUCUUCUUCCAAAUUUUCUUCAAGUCCAACUCCAGAACUUUCUUCAGGUGAGCUCAGUGGAGUAAUCAUAGCACAGUAAUCUACCUCUUGAUCUCAGUAAACUUGCCCAGUAAACCUGUACAUAUGUAGUGUAUGUCGCAGUAAACUUAUGUA